AUGUAUAUUCGCUUUGAUGAAGACAGCGAUGAUGGCAGUGUUGGUGUGUUUCCUGCGGACCCAGAUGAUAAAUACUACAAUCACAGCACGGAUGAACUCAAGUUUGACAUGAACAGGCUUUGGGACGACCAAAUGGCAAUUGACAAGACGAAGAAGUUUGCGAUGGCGAUUUACGAGGAUCAAGAUGCUCCGGAUAAUCAGGAUGCGCAAGACUUUAUUGCUUCCGAGAUGAAACAGUUCUUGAGAGACAAUGGUGAAUGCGCGCUUGGCAUUGGAAAAUUUGCCUGGGCUUGGCAAGAUGUAAGCUACUACUGUCCUGGCGCUAUCGCACUGCAUCACAAUACAGGGAACCGUUAUCCCCAUUGGACUCUUCGUGAGACUGUGUUUCAGUUUGUCUUGGACAACAUGAGCCAAAGAACCAUUUCAUUUACCUAUGAGAUGCUGGCCCAGUACCGACGGACCCAACGAGAAUCACGCAAGGAAUUGAUACAAUAUUCAACCUUGGCCAUCAUCUUUGGAAACAUGGUUGCCAGAGAUCCCAAAUCUGGCAGAGUGCAACUCACAGAGAGCCAACGACGCCUCUUGGAAUCUGGAGACGUUGUAUCAUUCCAACAAGAAGAUACAGUGGCUUUUCAUAGGAGACCACACGUAUUCAAGAAAAACAAACGCAUCGCCAUGGUGUCGGAUAUCUUUGAACAGGAGAUCCCAGAGAAAUGGGGUGGCAAUAACAUGGACUGUUGGAUGGCUCCCAAAGACCACCCAAGUACGGCACGACUUCUCACUGCAUUGCUGGCCAUCCGGCUCCUCCCAUUCAUGGACUUUCGCGUUCUGAUUCCUGUUAUUUUCACAAUCAAAGUCAUGCAGUAUUCCCCUACUGCUCCAGAGAGCAACAACAACAAGGAUGUGGAAGAAGUGACACGGUCCAAGUUUUAUCAGUGUAUCAAGGCUGCAUACUAUACAAAUCGGCGUCGGAAGGAGGGUCCCCACCUGUAUGAUUUCACCCUAGCUGCCGAAGAAGCUAUGCUGGUCCUGAAAUGUAAUGCUUCCGUGCUGCAGAAAUUUCCCAAAGACGAUCACAAUGAGAGCCUUUUCAAUAUCCGUGCAACUACAACCGUCCAAGCAAACACAGGUUCCACUAGUAGCCGUUCAACUCUUGACACUACCGGAUCUUCCAGCGACAACUGUGACCAACCCAGCAGCAAUGAACCCAACGAAAUCACCGACAGCUCCAAAGAUUCUCAUGGUAUGGACGGCACCACUAGUUGUGGUGAUGCCAAGGAUAUUUGUGGAAGUGGCAGCCUUACCAUGAGCGACACUGACGACAGCAACUAUGUCUAUAUGGAAUGCAAUAAUGAUGACACAGUGAAGACAAUCGUGGAAAACAGCAACGACAACGGCAUUGGCAGCACCCUGGGACACUCCAACAGCAAGGAUGACAACCAAACUGAAACACACAUGGAUUCAACCAGCACCGGCAGCAGCAGUCCACACCAAGCCAACAGCAAGGUUUCGAGGGAUUCCAUAUCCAAAUCACAUGAAGUCAUGGAUUCAAUCGCCUCAAAAGGCAGCACUCCCCACCAAGCCAACAGCAUGGAUUCUAACAUGAAGGACAACAUCCAAACCAAUCUUCACACCACUGCCAUUGCCGUUGAAACCAAAUCCCAUGAAUGCACGGAUGCCAUCACCUCGAAAGGCAGCAAUCCCCACCAAGCCAACAGCAUGGAUUCUAACAUGAAGGACAACAGCCAAACCAAUCUUCACACUACUGCCAUUGUCGUUGCAUCCAAAUCCCAUGAAUGCACGGAUGCCACCACCUCGAAAGGCAGCAAUCCCGACCAAGCCAGCAGCACAGAUUCUGCAGAGUCUAGCAAUGGCAUCGUUGCAAGUGUCCAUCAACACGAUGCGCCAAUCACCAUCGUUCCUCAGAGCAGUGGAGAGAAGAAUGACAGCGACACCAACCAUCACACUGCUGCAACUGUAGUCACUCCCAAAUCCAACGAAGUUAGACAACCGCACAGCACCCACCCUUCUAGCCAUAGUCCUCAGGCCAUUCACAAAAGCUGUUGCAGCAGUGACUUCAGCCCCAACAGCAGCAAGGACAACCAGACAAACAUCACCGCUAGUCCUCACACCACGACCGCCGAAGUAGCCAACCAGGACUAUGACGGCAACAAAGCUUGCAUUGCCAGUAACCAAGCUUCCAAGGACAAAGGCUCUGGCUCAACUGACACCUUCAGUGGUUCUGUUGCCAACAGCAGUACCCCAUCUGGCAAUAUCUGCAAAGGAGAAUCCAACAAGGACCACAUCCCAACAACAGACAGGAUAGAUGUCACUGCUAGCACGACAAACAUGGAAAGCCUCCACGAUAAGAAUGGCACUAGCAGGUCCAUUGUCCCCUCCACUGGCAGCAACACCCACAAUGACACCAGCAACGAUACUGCCAAGGAAAAUGGCUCUGGCUCUGACUCAACCAACACCAACACCAACACCAACACCAACAUCAACGACACUGCCACUGCCACUGCCACUGCCUACAUCAGCAGCAAGGAUGAUUGCCAAAUUGACAAGCUCACUACCACCGAAGUAGCCAACCAAAACUAUGAUGGCAACAAAGCUUGCACUGCCAGCAACGAAACUUCCAAGGACAAUGGCUUUGGCUCAACCGACAGUGUGAAGGGUUUGACCAACAACACAAGUACCGCAUCUGACAACAAUAUCUGCAAAGGAGAAUCCAACAUCGACCACAACCCAACAACAGACAAGCUAGAUGUCACUGUGAGUACGGCAAACAUGGAAAGUCGCCACAAUGAAUAUGGCACCAGUUCCUCCAUCGCCCACCAUGAAGCCAGCAACGAUACCGCCAAGGACAAUGGCUCUGGCUCUACUGACACCAUCAGUGGUUCUGUCACGAUCCCCAGUACCCCAUCUGACAAUAGCUGCAAAGCAGAAUCCAACAAGGACCACAGCCCAACUGACAAGCUAGAUGUCACAACUACAGCCAUGGAAAACCAUCACAACAAAGACGGCACUGUCAAGUCCAUCAACUCCACAGGCAGCCAUGCCCACACCCACCAAUCUGCUGUUGGAAAGAAACGAAAGGCGGAACUGUCUGUCAGGAAAGGUUCUGAGAAGAAGGCAAAGAAACGAAAGGAGAAACAGAGCAACAAGGAAAACCGCCCUGCCACCACCAUAGUUAAGCAAGGAUUCAAGUCCGGCGGGAAAACAAGCGUGCCAACGAAAGCAGAGAAGCGAAAGAGUAAGAAGGACAAGAGGAGAAGCGAGAGACGAAAGCGUGCACAGAACAUGCGCGAUCCAAGCACAUGA